AUGGAGCACAUGUUACUGCUAUUCAUAUUUUUCAUACCUAUAUUGGGUCUCACUAAUGGAGCAGAAACUGAACAAGAUUUUACUUGGCACUUGAAGAAGAUUCCCCAGAUUGUGAGCGAAAGAACUUUCUCCCUUGACAGCCCUAAAUUUGAAGCAAAAACCAAAUUAGAGCUGAACAGCGUGUGUGGAAUUGAAUGUCAAAGAAAACUGCCGGUGCCAAGCUUGUCUGACUUGAAGGACCUCUUAUCCUAUGAAACCGUUUUUGAAAAUGGCACACGGACCCUGACUGAAGUGAAUGUCCUCGGGCUGGAGCGUGACCCAGCUGCAAACGCAACCACGCGAAGGUCCUCAAGAAAGAAGAGGCAGAUCUAUGGAACGGACAGCAGGUUCAGCAUCUACGAUAAGCGGUUUAUGACCAACUUCCCGUUCAACACAGCCGUGAAGAUCUCCACUGGCUGUAGCGGCAUCCUCGUUUCCCCCAAGCACGUGCUGACAGCUGCCCACUGUCUGCACAAUGGCAAGGAUUAUGUGAAGGGCAGCAAGAGACUGAGGGUGGGCCUGAUGAAGACGAAAUCCAGAGGCGACGGCAGGAAACGCAAGGGUGCUAAGAGAAGCAGGAGGGAAGUUUCUGUGGCCCAAGAGGAUCCCGAAGUUGUCACAGAACUAAGGCGACGAACCAAAGGCGGUGGGAGAAAGCAGAGGAGAUCUGGGAGGAAGCAGGAGACCUCAGAUGGCAUGCCUUCCUUCCAGUGGACCAGGGUGAAGAGUACCCACAUCCCGAAAGGCUGGUUUAAAGGUGUCUCCGGGGAUAUUGCCCUGGAUUAUGAUUAUGCCGUUCUUGAGCUCAAACGUCCCCACAAAAGGAAAUACAUGGAGCUGGGAAUCAGCCCAACAAUCAAAAUGAUGCCUGGGAGCAUGAUCCACUUCUCAGGCUUUGACAAUGAUCGAUCUGGGCAGCUGGUCUAUAGAUUUUGUAGCAUUUCUGAUGAGUCCAAUGAUCUCUUUUAUCAGUACUGCGACGCUGAGCCUGGCUCCACCGGAUCUGGCGUCUAUCUCCGUCUUAAGGAGCCGAACAAAAAGAAGUGGAAACGCAAGAUCAUCGCAGUUUACUCCGGCCAUCAGUGGGUGGAUGUCAAUGGCGAACAGCAGGAUUACAAUGUGGCAGUAAGAAUUACUCCUCUCAAAUAUGCCCAGAUUUGCUUCUGGAUACAUGGGAAUGAUGAGAAUUGUACGCGAGGCUGA